CACCCCGCCAACCCCGACCCAACCAACCCCGACACCGCCGAACCGGCCCGCAAGCGCACCCGCCUCGGCUUCGGCCGCAGUCUCGGCGCAGUCUUUCAGCGUGUUGUGGGCCGACACCAUCAUACUCAGCAGCAGCAGCAGCAGCAGACCAACCUCAACCACAGCGCCGAGACCCCUCUUGCCUCGUCUCUGGCUGUCCCGGUUGUUUCUCCUGGUUUUGGUCCGGCUGCUUUUGGUCCGGCUGCUCUGGCUGCCCCGGCCGUGUCUGCUCCGGCUCCGCCUGGUUCAGCUGUGCCAGUCUCGUCCGGACCCGUCUCACCCACCUCGCCGGGCCCGACAACCCCGUUCGUGUCGAGCACGCCCAUCACCCCCGGCACAUCCGGUGCUGCUGGUUCUCUUUAUGGACCCGCUUCCCAGGUUCCUGCUCUUCCCGGCCAUAAUCACGGCCAAGCCCACGCUCACUAUAACAGCCACGUCCAAACUGGCAGUCACAAUAACGGCCACGGCCUCCCCGUCCUUCCCGGCCUCGUCCCAACUAGAUCCGUCUCCGCUGCGGCCAGGGCCAUGUCUCCGUUUGGGCUUCUCUCGCGUGGUGUGGGGAGUGUUAGGAACGGUACUAUUGGCAGUGCUGCUGGUGCUGGUGCUGGUGCUGCUGUUGGUGGUGCUGGAAAUGGUGCUGGAAAUGGUGCUGGGAGUGUGCGGAGUGGUGUUCUGGCUGUGGAAGAGGUGCGGAGGACGAUCAAGAUUUGUUUGGUGGGUGAUGCUGGCACGGGGAAGACGGAUUUUUUUCGGGCUGUGAUGGGCAGUUCCUUUGAUACGACCACGACCUCGACUACCGACCUUCACUUCGGAUCUGUCGUCGUGCGCACCCGCCACGGCACCGCAGCCAACGUCGAGCUGUGGGAUUUCCCCAGUUCCAUCGCAACCGGGCAUCCGGGUACACUGAUGUCGACCUUUUUCCAUGCCGCGGUUAUCUGCUUUGCCCUGGACGACCAGAAGAACCUGGCCAGUGUUGGGGGUGUCUGGAAGCCCAAGCUCGACAUGUGCCUACACGACGGCCAGACCUUUGUGCUCGGCCUCAAGCGCGAUCUCCGCCCGACCUUUCCGGGGCUGGGCCUGAAUUUCCUGCCGCCUAGCAGCCAGCGAGUCUCUCCUGAGAUAGGCCAACAAACCGCCUCCUCAAUCCACGCCAACGGAUACGGCGAGUGCUCGGUCCACGCCAACGACAAUGUCCUGGCCGCCUGGGAGGGCAUGGUGCACCACAUCGUCAGCAGCCUGGAAGCCCGCGAGCGCACGCUGCGGCAUACACGCCGGCGGGAGCGCACCCAGCUGGCUGUGUCGAAUUUCUGGGGCCGGUUGGGACGGCGCCGGUUUGGGAGAUGA